AUGAACACCACUUUGGUCGGCCAGUUUCGCUCGAACAUGCAUCGACGUACGUUCGUCGUGCUGCAGUUGUGCAGCCUCCUAGCUGCCUGCAGUUGCAUCGUUGCUCAUCAGAGAGAUUACGAUAGUGUAUCGAUAUCAACGGAUUGCGAUCAGCGACAGAAUUCCACUGAAUGCGCAAAAAAGUCGCGAGAGAUUGGAAUUAAUAAUAGUCAGACAAGGGAGAGGGUGACCAGGGAAAUUGAUGAAAAAACUUUUGAGGGUGAAAAUGAAGGAACUGAAGAAGUCACAUCUCGCAAAAAGAAAGACAAAGGGUACGGACAGAUGUUGUUGUACUUCCUGGGAGCAUCGAAGCUGACUAUGCUCUAUGUGUUGAUUAACGUUGUUGCUGCGAUUGCUGCAAAAGCACUGGUCGUUGGAAAAGCUGCUCUGGCUAUUGCUACUGCUAUUGCCUUGAAAAAAGCCUUCGAGCACAAGGAAAAGGUGACGUACCAGAUAAUCAAACACCCUUAUCAUACUUUCGAAAAUACCCAUAGUUCAAGCAUCGAUUAUGACCAUCAUGGUGGCUACGAAGAAAAUGAGCUUGGUUAUCGGAAACGACGAAGAAUUUAUUAA